GUUGGAGCAGUUUAACAAAAACACAGACUCUUCCACCAUUUAAUACAAUCCAUUCAAACCUUACCUUCAUUCAUUCCUCACCCUUCAUUUCAAUUCCUCUCUCUCUCUCAUGGGCAACUACAUUUCACGGCGUACAUGCGCGAUUGCCGGAAAAGUCAUACUCACCGACGGCUCGGUCCACAAGUUCGACGAACCGCUAUCGGUGGCGGAGCUAAUGCUCGACCACCCACAGCAAUUCGUUAUCGAAUUCCAGUCCAUCGUCGCCGGACACAGGCCGGCCCCACUGCCGGCCGACCAGAUGCUGGAGAUAGACAAGGUCUACUUGAUGCUUCCAAUGAAGAGAGGGAAGGCGGCGGCAUUCUCGGUCGAUGAGACACGUCGGAUCAUGGACUGGGCUAGAUUUGCAUUGGGUUCCCGGUCAUUUUCGACUACUGGCCGGAUUCUUACACUUCUCGCGGCAGUAUGUCCGAUGGCCCGUGGGAAAGGAGAGGAGACUAUGUUAAGGAGAAAAGAUGGUUUGGUGGAGAAAGAGGAGGAGGGCGAGGGGCCGGAAUUUCUGCCGGAGAAUUUGGACGGGAGGCCGGAGUUUUCAAGUAGGCAGCUUUCAGGGAAAGGGUGGAAGCCGGCUUUAGAUACAAUUAAGGAGAAGGGAAUUGAGAAGAAGGUUUCUCAUUGGCUUUUUCAUGUAGGUUAAGCUUAAACUAAGACAUGAUGUGUGGGGCCCACCAAUAUGUAUGCAUGGCAUCGAAUCCGUUCAUCAUGCACAUCCGUUCAUGCUCUCCCAUGCAUGAAUAUGGCCUAUCUAAAACUAGGGUGGGAUAGGGAUGCCCGCCAUUAAAAGCUAUGCAGAUGUUGUGUGGGGGCCACCGUAUUUUGUAUAUGAGAUCUGAUCCGUUCAUAAGAUGCACCCGGCAGUGGACACCCCGAAAAUCAGCCAUUCCAAAACUCGGGUGGGUGACACCACCCAUUUUAGAGGUUUGAGCUCUGGAUCGGCUGAUUUUUGGCUGACAAGGAGAACAUGAUGGGGCGCACGUGAUGGAUGGAUUGGAUGUGUAGACAUAAUAGUGGGCCCCACACAUCAUGUUGUAUAAGCUUAACCUACAAAGCUUUGUAGUGGGUCCGGCCUCGUUUUAAAAUGGGAGCCGUUAGGGUCUGCAUAUUACUGGAUUAGUAGAACUUGUAUGUAUUGCAUGAUGAUAGCUAUGUUUGCUAUGUAUGAAUGGAUGGUUGAA